UAUAUAUUACUAACACUGCUUGAGCAACUAGCCAUUUCUGUAGCUACAUAGGGAAUCAACCCAGACAGUCUAGCAGAAGGACACCUUACCCAGACCCUUCACAUUUUUGCUUUCUGAAACAAAGUGUAGGCAUAUCAGUUGUGAGAUCUAGUCGUGAGAUUGAGCUAUUUGUGCAAACCAUGAAAACAAAUUUGGGUUGGACACCCCAAUCAAUUCCUGUGGUCCAACAUGUAUAUCAGUUGGGCAGUGGACAGUACACACUGAAUAACGUGACAGUGCGACGAUCGUAUUCCUUUUCUUGAAAAAGGCCAACUGACAACGAUCUCAGUAGCAGCAUUUCCCCUGCCCAACGAACAAAGUGGGGCAGGCUGGUCAGGUCAUGCGCCUCCCGGUGUAACUUUGAUGAAAGCCUCCUCGGUCAGCUGAGAAACCGCGCGCGCGACGCAUCCCCUCUGUCGGCACCUCGUCGCGUUCCCGGCUCUCCCGCCUAUUUAGUGGCGAGCUGGCGACGAGCGCUGGGCCUAGUCGCACUUGCAACUGCAAGCCGCGACCGCCGGCCCGCCGCACGCACGUAGCACCACCGCACUGCGUCAGUAGUCACUAGUCAGUACACGCGCGACGCCACCCUGAGACGCCAUGUUGAUGGCGCCUCACCGGGCAAGGUCGUGGACGUCGGCGACGGUGCUGCUGCUGCUCGCGGCCGCGGCGGUCGUGGUAGGCGCGGCGGCGGCGGCGGGGAAGAAGAAGCCGGUGGUGCCGGCGGUGAUCGUGUUCGGCGACUCGACGGUGGACACGGGGAACAACAACGUGAUCGGCACGGUGCUGAAGAGCAACUUCCCGCCGUACGGGCGCGACCUGCAGGGCGGCGCCACGGGCCGGUUCUGCAACGGGCGGCUGCCGCCCGACUUCGUCUCCGAGGCGCUCGGCCUGCCGCCGCUCGUGCCGGCGUACCUCGACCCGGCUUACGGCAUCGAGGACUUCGCCACCGGCGUCGUCUUCGCCUCCGCCGGCUCCGGCCUCGACAACGCCACCGCCAGCGUCCUGGGAGUGAUACCGAUGUGGAAGGAGGUGGAGUACUUCAAGGAGUACCAGCGCCGGCUGGCGAAGCACGCCGGGCGCGCCCGGGCCAGGCACAUCGUGGCCAACGCGGUGUACGUCGUCAGCGUGGGCACCAACGACUUCCUGGAGAACUACUACCUGCUGGUCACCGGGCGGUUCUUCGAGUUCACGGUGGCCGAGUACCAGGACUUCCUGGUGGCGCGCGCCGCCGAGUUUCUCACGGCCAUCUACCGGCUCGGCGCGCGCCGGGUCACCUUCGCGGGGCUCUCCGCCAUCGGCUGCGUGCCGCUGGAGCGCACGCUCAACCUGCUCGGCGGCGGCGCCUGCAACGAGGAGUACAACCAGGUGGCCCGGGACUACAACGUCAAGGUGAAGGCCAUGAUCGCCAGGCUCCGGGCGGAGCUCCGCGGGUACAGGCUCGCCUACAUCAACGUCUACGACGACAUGGUCGACCUCAUCGACCACCCCGAGAAGCUCGGGCUGGAGAACGUGUCCGAGGGCUGCUGCGCCACCGGGAAGGUGGAGAUGGGGUUCAUGUGCAACGACAAGUCCCCGCUGACGUGCGACGACGCCGACAAGUACUUCUUCUGGGACUCGUUCCAUCCAACCGAGAAGAUCAACCGGUUCUUCGCCAAAGGGACGACGGCGGUGAGCUUGAGCUUGUUGACGUAGGGAUCAGCUCCCGUAUACUGAGCAAAUAUGAAAAGGGAAUGUGGGCAGCACUGUGAUCAGAGUAUCAUUUAACUGGCGUAGAUACAUAGCAUGCAUUUGUUUAGCGUGGGCGAUUCGAUGUACACUGUCUCAGAUGAAGUCCGUCCACUCUUCGGGUUUCAGUGAGAAAGAUUAAAUUUACAUACUUGCAGUA